UUCGGGAACAAACCCGGAAGUUCUGGUGCUGUCACUCCGUGUGUGUGUCUGUCUCUCGGGUUUCUGAGCUUCGUUGACAGUUUUAUCUCUUCUGUGUGAUUUUUUUUUUUUUUUGUCUUCACUCCGAGUGAAAAUGCCUCUGAAGUUUGAGCUUUGUCCCGGCCGCAUGAUCGGAGGAAACCACCCGUGUUUCAUCAUCGCAGAGAUCGGACAGAACCAUCAGGGGGACCUGAACAUCGCCAAGGAGAUGAUCAAAAUGGCCAAAGAUUGCGGUGCAGACUGUGCGAAGUUCCAGAAGAGCGAGCUGGAGUAUAAGUUUAAUAAGCACGCUCUGGACAGACCCUACACCUCCAAACACUCUUGGGGGAAAACAUAUGGAGAACACAAGCGCCACCUGGAGUUCACACACGAGCAGUACAGGGAGCUUCAGCGCUACGCUCAGGACAUUGGCAUCUACUUCACUGCCUCGGGCAUGGACGAGAUGGCUGUGGAAUUUCUUCAUGAACUCGACGUGCCUUUCUUUAAAGUCGGCUCCGGAGACACCAAUAACUUCCCGUACUUGGAGAAAACGGCCCAGAAAGGUCGUCCGAUGGUGGUAUCUAGCGGGAUGCAGAGUAUGGAGACGAUGCGGCGUGUGUAUCAGACAGUGAAGAAACACAAUGAGAAUUUCUGCAUCCUGCAGUGUACCAGUGCCUAUCCUCUCGAACCUGAUCAUGUCAACCUGCGCGUCAUCACGGAAUACCAGAAAGAGUUCCCGGACAUCCCGAUUGGUUACUCAGGUCAUGAGACGGGCAUUAUUGUGUCGGUGGCAGCUGUGGCUAUGGGUGCGAAGGUGUUGGAGCGUCAUGUGACUCUGGAUAAGAGCUGGAAGGGCAGCGACCACUCCGCCUCGCUUGAUCCCUCUGAACUUGCCGAGUUGGUACGAUCUGUCCGAAUUGUUGAGCAGGCGCUAGGCAACGGCAUCAAACAGAUGCUGCCCUGUGAGGUGCCCUGCCACGACAAGCUGGGUAAGUCUGUAGUGGCGAAGACGGCAAUCCCUAAGGGAACAGAGUUAACCCUCGACAUGCUGACGGUGAAGGUGGCUGAGCCAAAGGGUAUUGCACCGGAGGACAUUUUCGAGCUGCUGGGGAAGAAGACGACAAUAGACAUUGGGGAAGACGAGAGCGUCACCGAGGACACGGUGGAGAACCACGCCAAACGAGCCAAAGUAUGAAAGACCACAAACUGUUGCAUGUGUGUGUGUCUGAUCUUAAGCUGUAUGAGGAUUGUCAUGGUGCUGUCAGCAGUGAGAGAUAGGGAAGAUUGUUCUCCAAACUUUCAUCACCAAAUAAAGAAUAAAACCCAAAGCAAA